AUGGCGAAAAAUGAUCAACAAGUUCCUUCUCACAUUCUUUUGCAAAAACAGCUGCAAGAUGUUAUCCUGACGCAGCAAGCGGCUUGUGAAAGGCUUAAAGAAACGGUAAUUCACAGUUCCUGUGCAUCUACGUGUGAGACUUCAGAUGACUUUGUCAGCAGAAAGGAAUACGAGGCUGUGAUCAGAGAACUGGAGCAAGAGCGAGUGAGUCAUGCCAGGACAAGAGCUCAGUUACUUGACAUGGAGGACAAGCUUGAGUUUGCAAGUGGGGAAAUAGAGAUCCUACACAAGCAGUUAGAAAGAGAAAAGGCUCAGUUUGAUCAAGCAUUUGGAGCCAUGCGUACUAAGGUUGUGAGAGAAUGCCACAUCAAGGCCGAACUACAUGCAAAAUGUUCAGAUCUGAAAAAGAAAGCCUCAACACAAGAGAACAUUCUGUCGACGAAGGACGAGAAGAUUGGUGCCCUGAGUGAGAGGUUGGUAAAGCAGAAGGAGAAGUUUAAGUGUCAGCUCGAUGAGAUCAAUGUGGAGAAGCAGCAGGAGCUCUACAUGGCCAAGAUGUUACAAGAGGAGGAGAGGAAGAGGAAGAGGAGGAAAUGUACUAUCAAGACAUCAUAGGGGUGGGAACAUUUGAUACAGACUGAGGAAGGGGAGGGAAUGGCGCGGUGAGCCACCAUGUUAAGUGGUGUCUAAGGGCAGAGAGUUGUUUCAGUUCCUGAACAGUGGUUGUUUGUAAUAGACAGGCAGGCCUGUCCAUUCUCAUACAUGACUGAUGAUCAGGCUACUACUGCUGCGAUUCUUGAAUAAAUGAACCAAUGACAUGGUUAUCACCUCCCAUUCCAUUCCAUCUCUGAGUUGCCAGACUCCUACUGGUAUCACCAGGAUACUCAAUGAUAACAACUGGUAAAGACACUCGUGUCAAGUUUAUAAAACGACACAGGUGCUCCUUUCUAACAAUUGGAGCAACUGUCAUACUAUUGCCAUUUGGUGCAGUGCACGACAUGUAUUUACUCCUUGAAAUAAAUUAU